AUGACCCAUCACAUUGAAGAUAACAAUUCGAUCCAGAGGAAUAGGACCUGUAUCAGCAGAGCUCAGACAAAUAUCCUGCAGCAAUCUUUCGAAGAGAAUCCUUUUGGCAAUAAACGAAUGAAGGUUGUACUUGCAACUCUAACUGGUUUACCUAUCAAGGUUAUAAAUAAAUGGUUCCAAAAUAGGAGGAGGGAGAAACGGUGCAAGGAAAAGAAGAGGGGACACCUAAAACUUAAGAAUCACAACUGCUGCAAAUCUUUCGAUAUGGCGAUUCGAUUGAUAGCAGAAAUAAAUAGGAACGUCAAGAAUCUGAGGAAAUCCAUUGGAAACGUGCAAGGUUCUAAUAUGUCUGGAUUGUCUAGUGAAGAGAUAGAUGUGAUCACUGGUAAAAUACCAUGUCAGUCAAUAGAGGAGUUGGUAGUACUAGAGAAUUUGAUCGAAACAGAUACCAAUGCACGAGAUUUGUUGAUAUACAUAUUGCAUUCUGUAGGAGGAUUAUCUGGGAAAGAUUUCACUCAACGGAUCAUGAGGAGAUUGUUGACCAACGAUUUGGCUCUGUUGUGCAGUUGGACUGGAGCUAAGAAAAAUUUCGAAUUGCAAAAACUGAGACUGAUGGAAUGCACGUACAGUGCGAUCAUAAAACAGAUUCAGAUUUCAAGAAAAGAAUUCGAAAUAUAUGUCAAAGAUUGGCUUAGGCACGCCAAGCAAAGAAAAGAGAGGGAAGACCUCAAGAGGAAUAAAUAAUGAAGACCAGCUAACGUAAUCAAUCCGUAAUAAGGCUAUAUAUAGGUAUUUCUGUGUUAUAUUAUAAGCAUUGAGUGUAACUUUUCUGAAUUUAGAGAUUAUCCAAAUAUAGGGCGUGUUUCAUUUCGAAAAUCCUCCACGUGCGUUAAAAUAUGACAUUAAUCCUUCUGUAUUUUUAUUAUCGAACUUAUCUUCGAUCGACUUCAACCUUAAGAGGAACGGAUAGAAUUAUAAAUGAGAUUCUUGAAUAUUGCCUGAACCCAUAAUAGGUGUACACCAAUGCGUCAGCCUAAAGGCUCUGGAUGACC